AUGCCGGAGGCUAGCCCGCCGAGGGUGACUCACAGAGUAGAUGGCGGGUGUGGUGUGCUGGGUGAGAAUAGCUCGGGGAAGUCUUCUGGUUCUUCUGCCGCCGCAAAGGGCGCUGCGCCCGAAGCCGCCAAGCCGCCGCCGCCGCCGUCGGGCUCAGCGGCCUCGGGCCCUUCGGCCGCCACGUACAUGCUCGUGGUGGGGUUGAGUGGCCUGGCCGGUGCCUCAGGCUGGGUCUGGUCCAAGGCCCACGGUGAUGACGCCUUCAACGACCGGCUCCACCGCGAGUGGCCGACCAUCGGCGCAAUCCUCGGCGCCUCAAACGGCGCUGCCGCUGACGCUGCCCUGACCAAGCCGCUGUCGACCCCGCUCCCGCCGCCCUUUGUGGCACCGGAAGCCUCUGCUGCAAUUGGCAGCGAUCAGCCGGCGGGUACCUCACCCUCUGCUCCCACCGACGCUGCUGCUUCCGCGCCCGCCGCCGAUGCUGCCGCCGACGCCCACAAGCGCAAGGCCACCCGCAUUGCGCAUCAGUUUGACCCGCCGGCCAAGCACGCCGGAAAGGCGAGCAAGAAGAAGGCAAGCAAGAGCCACGGCAGCGCCACGGCUUACGACGGGCGGCUAGAGACGCUGCUGGCCACGCCCGACGACGCGCUCUCGCUCGAGGACCGUCUCCACAAGCAGGCCGAGAUCAUCCGCCGCGAGAAGGAGCAGAUUGCUGCCCUACAGACCGUCAUCGAGCAGCAGGCGCUAGCCCAGGAGGAGCGAAUCCGCGAGCGGGUUGAUGACGCCAUUCGCCGCAAGGAGGACAUUGACGCCAAGGCCUUUGACGAGGUUGUUCGCCUCCAGGAGCAGAAGCACGCUCUUGAGCUCGAGGAGGAGCGUGCCCGCCUCGCCACCAUCCACAAGCUCACUCUCGAGCAGAAGGAGGAGAAGCUGCGCGAGCUCGCGCAGCAAAAGGCGCACCUGGCGGCAGAGAAGGCUGCCCAGGACGCUCGGCUGCAGGAGCUCACCGCGGCGUGGGAAGAGGAGCUUGCCGAGCAGCGCGUCCUGCUCGAAAAGUCGUACGGCCGCGAGCGCGAAGACCGUCUCGCCAAGAUUGCCACCAUCGAGCACAAGCUGACCAACGUCGAGAAGGCCGCCAGCGCCCUCGCCCAGUUCAAGUCGUUCUCCGCCCUCGUCCACACUCUCUCGGCAGACACCUUUGGCCUCACCAAGGUCCUUCUCGAGUCGCAGCCGUUUGACGACGCCCUCGACCAGCUCCGCCGGACCGCCCUCAACGGCGGCGAGUCGGUCAUUGUCCUCGCCAUCGACGCCAUCCCGCCCGCUCUCGCUCGCGAGGGCAUCCCCACCUACAAGCACCUCUGCGACCGUUUCGAGGAGGUCCGCAAGCGCGUCCGCCGCGUUGGCCUUGUUCCCUUCAACGGCGGACUCGGCGCUCACAUGCUCUCCUACCUCCACGCAACCCUCACCUUCCCCAAGGAGGGCCGCGUCGCCGGCGACGACGUUGACGCCGUCCUUGCCCGCGCCCACGCCUGCCUCUUUGCCGAGGACCUGCCCGGCGCCGUCGCGGAGCUCGAGUCACUGCCGUCCGCAGAGUGGCCUGCCCGCCUCGUCGCUUCCUGGAUCGCUGAGGCCCGCGACCGUCUCCUCGCCGAGCAGUCGCUUCAGGUGGUCCAGUCCGAAGUUGCCGCCAUGGCUGCCUCGCUCACAGAAUGAACUUGUCUGUCUACCAA